ACCGACACUAACAUAUUAUUGAAAAAAGGCAUGAAAAGGCUACUUUUAAGCCCAAUAAAUAGGCCCAAAUUGUAUAUUUACUAAAUUUUGUUAACGCGCUUACAAAACCCUUUGGAAAGUAUUUCAUCAAAUUUCAGAUUCAGAAACCCUAAUUUCUUCACAAAGCAAAACACAGAAAAAGCCAUUCUUUUUGCCCCUUGAGUGCUUUCAGCUCUUCCCACAAGGUUACAGAAGUAAUGUCACGUGUGUACGUCGGAAAUUUGGACCCGCGAGUUACUGAGCGUGAACUUGAGGAUGAGUUCCGUGCCUUUGGAGUUGUCAGGAGUGUUUGGGUUGCCCGUAGACCACCUGGUUACGCUUUUCUAGAUUUCGAAGAUCCUAGGGAUGCCCGUGAUGCUAUCCGUGCUUUAGAUGGCAAGAAUGGCUGGAGGGUUGAACAGUCUCACAAUCGAGGUGAGCGUGGUGGCGGCGGUCGUGGUGGUGACCGUGGAGGUGGUGGCGGCGGCCGUGGUGGUCGUGGUGGCUCUGAUUUGAAAUGCUAUGAAUGCGGUGAGACUGGUCAUUUCGCACGUGAAUGCCGUAACCGUGGUGGAACUGGAAGGCGUCGCAGCAAGAGCCGUAGUCGCACUCCUCCAAGAUACAGAAGGAGCCCAAGCUAUGGACGGAGGAGUUACAGCCCUCGUGCAAGAUCUCCCCCUCCUCCAAGGCGCCGCAGUCCUUCUCCUCCUCCUGCCCGUGGCCGCAGCUACAGUAGAUCACCACCUCCAUACAGAGCGCGUGAGGAAGUGCCAUAUGCUAAUGGAAAUGGACUGAAAGAAAGACGCAGAAGCAGGAGCUGAGUGAGUGAUUUUGCAAGAAAACGAGUGUGUGGGAGGAUACUUUGGAAGAGAAGAAGAGAGGGACUAAGGGAAGUUACUAUCAUCUAUGAAUUUCAGUAAGAGAACAUGUUUUAGGUCUGCUGGGUUGGAUAAAGCUUGCUACUUUUGCUUUUGGAUAUGAAACGUACGUAGUUGUGUAUCUACCAAUAGGUAAAAGAACACUUGAUUCGUACCCUAGUUUCUUAAAGACAUAAUGUUUGAUUGGAAAUUCUGCUAAAUGCCUAAGCGUUUCUUGUCUUUUUCCACCGUGUCGAGGUUUCUUCGGGUCUACUACUACUACUACUGCUUCAUUGCUUAUCUACUUGCUUCUCUACUCUUCUCAUAUGAAGCAUCUUCCUUAGUUUCUUGGCCUACUUCAUUGUUUAUCUGCUUGCUUCUCUACUCUUCUGCUAUGAAUCAUCUGCAUUUAGUUGCUCGGCCUGGUAUGGGAAAAGUUAAACCACGGUUGUGGAUCCCUAACAUCAUCUUCAUUUAGUUGCUCGGCCUGCUUCAUUGUUUAUCUACUUGCUUCUCUACUCUUCUGCUAUGAAUCAUCUUCGUUUAGUUACUCGGCCUGCUAUGGGAAAAGUUAACUACGGUUGUGGAUCCCUACAUGGCUUGCUUCUACUUCAUCUUCGACCCUAGAGAUGCGCUAUUGUUUGAAAACUUCAUCAGCUUUGAGGUUACCUUCUUUGCAUGAACUUGAGCUGCAUCACUCAGAAGCACCUCUUGUGUGGUCUGAAUGUUGUGCAUUAGGUUUAGCAUAAUUGUAGCUAUGUGAUAGUGUUUAGUAUGCACAUUCUUGUCCUUGGAUAGAUUUUUGUGCAUUUCACGGUUUAUAUAGGCAAGUCAAGAAUUUGUAAAUGCGUAUCAGUUGCUACCAUUUGGUACUUGUGUUCAUUUCACUUAAGCAUAGUUGUGAAAUUGUUCACUUUUAUGAAGGUGAAGCAAAG